AUCCUACGGUGUGUUGGAGCGACAGCCUCAGUGUGCGUCUCCCUCCAUCUGCAGCAUGGCGUCUCUCGGCCUCUUGCUGCUCGGUGCCGCUCUGAUUCACGCCACUCAGACUCUACCUGCAGCUCGUGGUGGUGGGCGUGGUCUGGAUGUUUCAGUGAGUGGGAUCAGACGGCAGCGCAGAGACCUCCGCAACAGGAUGCCAUACGAAGACCAAAUGAUGUCUUAUCCUGCCAUGCAAGCAGGAGGCGGAGCCAAUGACCUGUACUACCAAUCAGAAGACUGGAGAGGCCGUGGUAUUGACCAGGCUCUGCAGCGAUUGGUGGAGAGAGACCAAAGGAGGGAGCAGGAGGAGGAGCAACGAGCAGCGUACCUGGCUGCUCUGCUCCGCCUCCUGAGUGAGGCAGAGAACGCAGGAUUGGUUGGACCAAGGGAUGUGGAGGUGGUGGAGGAGGAGGAAGAUGAAGAGGACGAUCAGGGCCUACCAGGGGACUUUCAGGUCCGUGAUGAUGCAGAUUAUGAUGAGACAGGGCGGGGAAUGAGCAUGGGGAGGCCCAAUGCCCCCUGGUGGGACCUGGUGGAGCCACAGCUGGUUCAGGCAAUGCUGGACAGGAUGGAUCCCCGACUGGUCCAGAGUCUGCUGCAGAGAGCCGGAGAGCCUGGAAGAACAUUAACAGGACCGAGCCGAGACCAGGACGCCCUGAGGCGGAUGGUCGCUAAGAUACUGUCCAGCCUCAGCUCUAGCGACGCGCAGGUGAUGAUGUCAUCAGGCCGCAGAGCAAAGAGGGACGUGUCCUCCAAAGCGGAAGCCAUUAGCCCCGCCCACAGAAGAGCCCGCCGCUCCCUGGACAACAUGGCUCCUCUGUCGCCUAGCAACGAGCCACCCCUCCUCAGAGUGAAGAGGCUGGAGGAGGAAGAGGAAGAGGAGGAGGGAGAAAAGCUCCACCCACAAGUGACCGGGCUGCAGAGGAUGAAACGCAUUGAUACCAUGGCCACCGGUGACCCGGACGAAAUGAAUCAUGGGAGUCGUAGGCGCCGCAGGAGAGCUGUGCUGAACUACGAUCCCCAAAUGCUAAUGGAUCAGAUUGUGGAUUACCUGAGGGAGUGAGAGGAGGAAGAAGAUGAAGAUAAUUUUGGUCGUGUCUCACAUUUUUAUUGUUCGUACCGUUUCUUUGGUUCUGCUUCUUGUGUAAAAUAUGAGUGGAUCAAAUGUUUGUGGUUUAAAUCAGGAGGAAUCAGGAAGGAUGUUAAGGAGGAAGGAAACAUUUUUAAAUACUACACUACCCAUGAGCCUCUGCUGGUGGGGGUAAUGAUGCGUUCUCUUUGCACUCAGAUGUUGGAUUCCAUUGGUUUCUAGUUGGAGAAACAACAAUAUGGCUGCUGUGCCCAUAAACCCAGUGAA